AUGCACGCCCCCAACGCGUCCUUCGCGGACAGCUUCUACGACUCUUCGCCGUUCAACGCCUCCGACGAGGACGAAGAGGGCGACAUGAACGACACCCGAUUGAAAGAAAGUGCUCCAGUUGAAGGAAGUGUGGCAUGUCUACGCAUGGAUCCAGGACAACGUGUGCUACGUGUACGACAGUAUGAAGAUUUAUUUACCGACCUGUCUCAUGAGCCAGCUGGUGCCGCAGUUCUUCGACUGCGCCUCCGCCCUCACCAUUAUGGCGAUCGCCAUCGACCGGGUGAUGAGCGUCUCCCACACUGCCCGCUGCCGCAACUUCCUCAACUCCAGAGCGGGGGCUGCGAGCUGACGUCUGCGUACGAUGAGGCCAUGCUGUGGGGCACCGUGGCCGUCGUGCUCUCCACCAUCUUCGGCUGCUACUGGCGCAUCCACCAGGAACGUUCAAAUGAUAAGCAGCGUCCAGUGAGCUAUUGA